CCCGGCGACGUCCCGCUCGCGACGGCGCCGGUCGGUCACCCCACACCUGGCAGCAAGAUGUGGCUUCUGGAGCGGCUGCGGGGGGUGGCGGAGAACGGCGGAUCUCGGGGAGCGGGGCCGGAAGAAUCCCCGCGGGGGUCCCGCUACAGCAACGUCCUCACCCCCGACAAGAUCCCCGACUUCUUCAUCCCGCCCAAGCUGAGCGCGGCGCCCGCGGAGGCCGAGGGCUCCGAGCUCCCCGCAGCGGCUGCCCUGGGCUCCUCAGUCUCAGAGCAGGACCUGGCCGGGCGCAAGCCCCCGCGCAGUCCCCGCCCGUCCAGCCGGUCCCGGUCCCGGGCGGCCGGCCGGCACAUCAUCCAGAUCGAGACCGCCGAGGACUGGACGGCCGAGGGGAGCUGCGGCACCAACGUAGACCCGCAGGCACAGACGGCCAUGUCGCUGCCCUAUGUGCCCAAGGCACAGACCUCCUAUGGCUUUGCCACGCUGAUGGAGAGCCCCCACACGCGGCGCAAAGAGUCGCUCUUCCACAGCGAGCACAGCAGCCUCUGCCCCUCGCCCGUCACCUCUCCCAGCGCCCAGCGCAGAGCCAAGCUCAACGGCGAGAGCAGCCCCCGGGGACCUGCCGACCUGGGCGCAGCCCUCAUGCACCCUGGCCGCUACUUCAGCGGCGGUGAGAGCGACACGUGCUCCUCAGCCGAAUCCUCGCCCUUUGGCUCCCCACUGCUCUCCCGCUCCGUCUCCCUGCUGAAGCUUUUCAGCCAGGAGAGCCAGUCCAAGGUCAUCAAGCUGAAGCAGUCGGUGGCCCGCAACAGCUCACUGUCUACCGACGACAGCUCAGCCGACACCAGCCCCAGCGCUCAGCGCCGUGCCAGGAGCACCCCGGCCGGAGCACAGCCGCCCACAGCCCUGCUGCCCCUGGACCUGCCGCCGGGCCGGGACCGGGAGCACAGCCUGCGGCUGAGCCGGGGUGGGAGCCUGCGCCUGGCUGCCGAGUAUGACCCCUCCAACGCCCGGCUGCGCGUGCGCCUCGUCUCUGCCGAGGACCUCUACGAUGCCCUCGUCGACCUGCGCAGCAUCAACUGCUGCGUCUCGCUGUGCCUCAACCCUGGGAAGCUGCAGAAGCAGCGCAGCACCAUUGUCAAGAACAGCCGCAACCCCAUCUUCAACGAGGACUUCUUCUUCGAUGGGCUGGGCCCCGGCCAUGCCAGGAAGAUGUCCCUGAAGCUCAAGGUGGUCAACAAGGGCAGCAGCCUUAAGCGGGACACGCUGCUGGGGGAGAAGGAGCUGCCUCUCACCGCCCUGCUGUCCUGCUUGUAGGUGCCUGCUGGCAGCCCUGGAGGGAGCCCACCCACCUGUGGGGCUGGGGUGAGGGGGGUAGGCUGGCUCUGUCCCCCAGUCCCGCUGGAGGAGGGUUUGGAAGGGCCUCCUGAGGAGGGACAGGGCUGUGGCAGAGCAUGGGGAUCCCCAGAAACAAUGCUGCUGUGGGGCUCUGCCAGCACCAGCCCUCCUGUGACAGGGCAGGAAGGGCUGGCAGCCACAGCCUCUGCCCCAGCUCCCCCCCCAGCUCCUGCCUGGGGCUGCAUCUCCUGGAGCCCAGCAGGAAGUGGGGAGCCUCCAGUCCAGUCCCCACCAGGAAUGAUGGAAACACCUGGUGGCCUCUUCUUUCCCUGUGCCUGUGGUCUCCAGCUGGCUGCCACUUAAGUUGGAGGUGGGUAGAUCUCUGUAGCACACUUAUUGCCACCUCCCAAAGCCCCAGCUCCUGGAGUCAGGUGACAGCAUUGAUCUCAGCUUUAAUUUAAAAGACAAGUUUCUAGUCUUGGAAUCCGUGAAGAAAAUACUGCAGAGGUGAGCUGAGAGUGGGCCGAGGGCAGUCACCCUGGGGGAGGAGUCAGGUUUGUGGCUUUUGAGCCUUUCCUGGACUCCUCCCAGCCCUGCAGGGCUGCAGAGAUGCACAAGUCAGCUUGGUCUGACACCUGCAGCCUCCUGGGCCACCCUUCGUGCCCACCCCAGCACUGUCCACCACUGCUGACCCCUGUGGAAAACUGCCCAUGGAGCUUCAGGGGCUUUGGGUUUGCACAAAUCCAGGAGGCUGCCUAUGCCUGUCCUCUGCCCGCAGGAGGGAGAUGCCAGGGGCUGGCAUCCCUCUCCCUGCGCACACAGGUGGUCCCAGUCAGUGUCCCAGAAGAUGUGCUUGCUGACAAAGGCCGAGGUGACAAGAGUAGCCCUCCCUGAGUGCUGGGACCAUCCCAGAUGAGGCUGGGCAGGGGGGCAGGCUGAGGUUCCACAACCCUCUGCCCUCCCUUGCCCUGUGGGCUUAGAGUUUUGCGAAUGGCUGCACCCACUGAGCAGGAGGGAUGUGCCCUGUGAGGCCACCAGGCUCCUGUGCCCAGAGCGAUCUGGCUCCCCAGAGGGACCGGUCUGGCUCUCAGUUUCUCUUUGGGAGGGAACGAGGUACUCCCAACCCUUCCCAUCCUACCCUGCCAUCCUGGCUAACUGGCCUGAGACAGUGGGAGCGGGGAAGAUGCCAGCUGGGGCAUUUUUGUGGGUAGAUAAAAUCCGCCGCGUUGUUGUUUGGUGUGGUGUCACCCAUCGUGUCGGGCUCUGCAUGUUUCUGUGCAGGGAGCAGGAUUCGCAGCGCUCCCAUCCCCUGUUGCAACAUGUGUGGACACACAUGCACACACGUGUCCCUCUGUGUUAACCUCUGUGUUGGCAGUAGAUGUUCCUUCCUUGUCCUUUGCAGCAGAUGGCAGAUCUCAGUGUUGGCUAUUUAUAUCUGAGGCUGAUCUUUUGCAGUGUUUCACUUUUGUCUGUAAAUACGUUUCAGGUAUGCGAGGCAUGGUUCUGAUCGCACCGUGUUUGCAUGUCGGGGGAAUUUGGGAUUUUGGGUGAUCGUGGCUGUUUGUUGAGCUUGUGGCUGAAAACAAACCAUGCAGGACAUAAGGAGCAGACAUGUCCCUCCUUCACAGGGAGUUUCCCACCUGAGCCUUCCCAACACUCCCCGAGAUGAUCCUCGGCCCCCAGGUACCCAGGCUCAUCCUGGGGGCAGAUGGGGACUCUGCGGAAGGUGGGACAGGGAGAUAGGCCACAACCCUGGGUGCAGGGUGAACAUCCUGCCCCUGAGCAGAUCUGGGGCAGGAAGGGGACCCUGCCCAGCUGGCUGCUGCCUGACAGACCCCUACACUCCCCACCAGUAGCUUGCGCUCCCUGGGGUGCUGUGCCUGUGAGGGGUUGGGGGGACCUGGAUGCUGCUGGCGGGGGUGGACCCAGAAGGCUGCAAGGGGAGGGGGAACAAGAGCUGGGCAAAAAUUCUGGUGCUCUGAGAGGUUUGAGGGGUGACACAUCCCCCACAGAAGAGUUGUGUGCCUUUGGGUUUGGGAAAGGGGGAUGCUGAGAGCAGAGCCCUGGGAUGCUCCUUGGGUUGGGGCUGGCCCUGGAGGGACAUUCAAGGACCUGGGGACUGUUGUCCUGCCCCACCCAUCUUAUCCCAAGGCUGUCUCUCCAAAGUCAGGUGUGUGGCCACGCAAUGAGCCCUGGGAUGUGGUGCUGCGAGCCCUGCUCUGUGCUAGGCUGGCAGCGUGGGAGCCAGGACUGUUGCCUGGCUGGGUCUCUCCUCUGCUGGAGCUAUUUUCUAUUGUUCCUGCUUUGAUAUUUUUGUGUCUGGAUUUAAUGAUGCAUUUUUGGAGUGAAAAAUAUAUUAAUACCUGAAUGGAAUGUUUCUUUACAGAUGAUUUCCUCUUUUUAGUGCAAUAAAGUAAUUUCUAAAACAGA